UGAGCUUGACGGACAGGAGGCGGGGAGGAGGCGGGGCCGCUGUGACAGACAGCCCUUUGCACCAAUCGGCUGCGGGGGCGGGGCUCUAAGCUGACCCUCCUCCGGCCGGGAUGGGCGGGCCGAGCUCGAGGGGCGUCACCGACGGCUGGGAUAGGAAGGCGGGAUUAACUUGAGCGACGUCGCCGUGACCCAAUGACAAUGGAGGGCGGCAGGACGCGCGUCCCCGCUGGCCAAUAGCAGGCGCGGGGCGGGUGAGGGAGGCGGGCGGUUCCCUGAGGCGGAGCGGCAGGGGAGGGCCCCGCGCCCCCUCAGCUGAGCGCGGGCCCCGCGGACCGGGGGAUGCGCCGGGAUCUGCGGACAGUAUUAGCUAUCAUAAUAUCCUCGUUGUGCAGAUCAUCCCACCAAGGUUGUUGCUGCCAGCGAAGGCCUUCCUCUCAAAGCUGUUUAAAUGAGAAUGUCCCUGGCGCAAAGAGUGCUGCUGACAUGGCUUUUUACCUUGCUCUUCCUGAUCAUGCUGGUGCUGAAGUUGGAUGAGAAAGCACCGUGGAACUGGUUCCUCAUUUUCAUUCCAGUGUGGAUAUUUGACACAAUUCUUCUAGUUAUGUUAAUUGUCAAAAUGGCCGGACGCUGCAAGUCUGGCUUCGACCCUCGCAACGGCUCCCAGAACAUGAAGAAGAAAGCGUGGUACCUCAUUGCAAUGCUGCUGAAGCUGGCCUUCUGCCUCGCCCUGUGUGCCAAGCUGCAGCGCUUCACCACCAUGAAACUGGCCUACGUGUUCAUCCCGCUCUGGGCCUUGCUGCUUGGGGGCAUGGUUGAACUGGGAUACAAUAUCUUCUAUGUACGAAGAGACUAGGCCAUGCCAGGUGGUUUCCAGUGCCAAGAUUGGCACCAAAUUACUAGAUUAUUACCAUUUUGCCACAAAUCUGAUCUUCAAACUAGACAGCCAAAUGAGUCAAGCUGGAGACUUAAGCUAAAGCAGACUGAAGACUGAAAGUAGAUGUUUCAUUUUUUUAUUUUAAAACUCACAUAUGCUCUUGUAAAUAAAAGUAUUUGUUCAACAUAA